AUGACGUCCACGCGUCCGCAACAGGUGGAUGUCGGCUCCCUAGAUGUGCCACAGUUGCUUGAUGUACGAAAGCAACUGGAACUGGAGUUGAAGCAGUUUGCGACGAUGUUUGGCCAGCUCAAGUUGGCCCAGUCGCGCUUCCAGAGCUGCUUGGAAAACAAAACCACCCUCGUUCCUCUGACAGCGUCGCUGUAUGUGCCAGGACGCCUAGCCGACCCCGAUAAAGUGAUUGUGGAUAUCGGCACUGGCUACUUUGUCGAAAAGACGCGUGCGGAAGCUCGGAGUUUGUACCAAGACAAAGUCAACUAUGUUGUGAAGAAUAUGGAGCAGCUGCAAGAGACCAUUCAUCGCAAGCAGGACAACUUGCGUGUGGUAGGCGAACUAUUGCAGGUGGAUGACGAACCCGGUUGUGUGUGCGUACCUGCAAAGCUGACGGUAGAUCUGGACAUUGAGUUUGUGAAUGGCCCACCGCCUUCGCGCCCAGGCGGUAACCGUAUUGUCCUGGAAUUGUACAAGGACAAGGUGCCCAAGACCGCAGAGAACUUCCGUGCGCUGUGCACAGGCGAGAAGGGCAUGGGCCAGGCGGGCAAGAAGCUCACAUUUGAAGGAAGUCUUUUCCACCGUGUGAUUCCACACUUUAUGAUCCAGGGUGGUGACUUUACCAACUUCAAUGGCACGGGUGGUGAGUCGAUUUACGGCGAAAAGUUUGAGGACGAGAACCUGGAGGGCAAGCAUGAUGAGCCCUUCUUGUUGUCCAUGGCAAACGCUGGUCCCAACACAAAUGGAUCGCAGUUUUUCAUUACUACGGUGCCCACGCCGCAUUUGGACGGCAAGCACGUCGUGUUUGGCCGCGUUCGCAAGGGCAAGGAUGUAGUUCGGCACAUUGAGCAGAGCAAGACAGGGGCCAACGACCGCCCUGUGGACGACAUCAAGAUUGCGGCGUGUGGCGAGUUUACGCCAGAGCAGCUGCAGGAUGCAUCGUUUGACUAUGGCAUCAAGCCUGACACCACAGGCGACAAGUAUGAGCCCUACCCCGAAGACUCCGAGUUGCCGCUCGAAGAAAAGCCUGAGACGGCACUGGAGGUGGCUGAGGACCUUAAGGCGAUUGCUGCCAAGCUUGUUGGCCAGGGCGAAUGGGGCUUGGCGCGUGAAAAAUACGAAAAGGCGCUCCGAUACCUCUUUGUGAACCCACACUUGCCUGAAUCGACGGACAAGACGUUUGCGGCGAACUACCGUGCGCUGCGUACGCCGCUCCAGCUGAAUGCCGCGCUAUGUGCACUCAAAACAGUGCCGCCGAUUGCGGAGGAGGCUGAAGCGCUUACGACGCAGGUCAUUGAACGCGGCGCCGAAGGUGGUUUGGGUGCGCCCACGGAGGCGGAAAUGGCCAAGGCGCACUUCCGCCGGGCCUUGGCGUACGCGACUCUGAAACGCGAUGACGAUGCCAAAGCCGAUCUCGACAAAGCGCUGACGUACGCACCGAACGAUGCGGGCAUUCUUAAGGAGAAGAAUGCGUUGGAAAAGCGCCGUCAGGCGCGUCUGGCCAAGCAGCGUGCUGCGUACAGCAAGAUGUUCUCAUAG